GGAGCUCUACGCAAUCCCAUUAUACCAACCAUCAAAAAGAUUUCUGUUCCGCGGCCCACCCUCCCCUACCUCUUCCUCUCCGCCUCUCCUUUCUCUCUUUCUGUGAUCCUCUCUUCCGCAUUCUAUGGCUUUUUCUGCCUUCGCAUCUCAUUUUUCUCUUUAAGCUCUUCCCCGUCUUCGGCUCAGAAUCGCUGAAUUCAUUUCCUUUCCUUUGGACACGCACCCCAAAGUUUUUUGCCCGCAACGGUCGCAGGAAGAACGCAAAAGAAUAGAGCUGAGUGUGCAAUUUACUUUCUCAACCAAUUCAUGCAUCUCGUAUGACAUGCGGAUCCACUUCGUUUCCUAUAAGUGAAAGCAGAGUGAUUAUAUUUUGGAAUUUCUCUCAGUUUGGUUCCUCGGAAUUCGGGAAGGGAAAUUCCAUGGGAAACAUCUGUAGUUGCUGCCUGAAAGGCCGUCGCAGACCCGGGAGUAGGCGGACACACCCGCCCCCUCCUCCUCAGGCCCCGCCGCAGCCGGAGAUCUCCGCCAACCGGUAUGUGUUCGCCGCCGCUACGCCAUACCCCUCCCAGUACCCGAACCCUUCAAAUCCUCCCCACCCGUACUACCAGUACCCUGGCUACUAUGCCCCUCCACCGCCGGCUAUGCUACCGGCCCCCUACGACCACCACCACCGCGGUACCGGUGGUCCUCAUUCUCAUCCCCAUCCCCCCGUGGACCCUGCCCAGGCGCAUGCCAAUUGGGUCGGCGGGAGGUACCCCUGUGGGCCCGUCAUGCCUCCUACCCCCUAUAUCGAGCACCAGAAGGCAGUUACUAUACGGAACGAUGUUAAUCUCAAGAAAGAGACUUUGAGGAUCGAACCGGACGAGGAAAACCCUGGGCAGUUCCUCGUAUCCUUCACGUUCGAUGCCACGGUUGCCGGCAGCAUUACGGUUAUUUUCUUUGCAAAAGAAGGUGAAGACUGUAACCUGACACCAAUGAAGGAAAACCUACUUGCGUCUGUGACAGUACAUUUCCAACAAGGUCUGGGCCAGAAGUUCAGGCAGCCCUCUGGAACUGGGAUUGACUUCUCCAUAUUUGAAGAGACAGAGUUAUUGAAAGUGGGUGACAUGGAGAUCUAUCCUUUAGCAGUUAAAGCAGAGGCAACUCCUGUUAACGAUGAUGGAACUGGUACAGAUGGAAACACAAUACCUCCAACCACCAACUCACAGAUAACUCAGGCAGUCCUUGAGAAGGAGAAAGGUGAAUACCAGGUGAGGGUAGUAAAGCAGAUCUUGUGGGUCAAUGGAAUGAGGUAUGAGCUGCAGGAGAUAUAUGGGAUUGGGAAUUCUGUGGAGAGUGACUUGGAUGGGAAUGACCCAGGAAAAGAAUGUGUCAUCUGCCUGUCAGAACCACGGGACACAACCGUCCUACCCUGCCGACAUAUGUGUAUGUGCAGUGAAUGUGCAAAGGUUUUAAGGUUCCAGACAAACCGGUGCCCGAUAUGCAGACAACCAGUUGAGAGGCUUCUGGAGAUAAAGGUUAACAAUGGAUCUGAAGAAUGAAACAAGAGGAUGAAUUCCGCCACUAGAGUGCCAUAUGGCCAUGUUUCUUUUCUUAUUUUCUUCUUUUACACAUUUUCUGGUUUUCGAGUUACUGGAAACAAUAUGUUUGAUAAGUAAUUUGUGGCAGUAGCAUGGUGUCAAUACAUUUUGUGUGGGCGGAUGGAGUGUUUAGUGGUAAUUCCUCUGGAAUAUAUAUAGUACAUGUUUGCUGAA